AUGGAAAUGGUAGUGGCUUCUGGAGGAAACGCUUUUCCCGGGGGCUUCCACUCCAGGCUUUCUCCAGGGAGGUUCCAGUUUCCACAAGUGUUGAAUGGGGCGAGCAAAUUAGAUAGGGGCGCCUCGAAGGAACCUGGGACGGUGCCUGAUUCCAAAGCUCGUGUCACCCAGGGCAGCCCAGUCCCCUGGCUUGCUGGCGUCUGGGGGCCGGAGGGCUGCGGGCUUCUGCUAGCGCAGCGCAGCGGGAGGCCACCGGAGGCGACGGGGAGGCGGGCACAGUCAACCCAAGGGUGGAGACGCGGGGGCAGGCGACCGGCGCGCGUUCCCGGGCUCGUGACCGCCGGCGGCCCGGGGAAUCCGCGUCCACACACUCUUGCAGAGAUGGCAGGCGGCGGCGACAGCCGGCGGCGCGUCGUGGGCACCGUCCACCUGCUGCUGCUGCUGCUGCAGCUGGCGGCUGUCUUGUCUCAGACAGCCAGGACUCAGAGUCCCGACACCACUCCCUGGACACAGGAGAAGAACUACCACCAACCAGCACAUUUGAACUCUUCAUCUCUUCAACAAGUUUCGGAAGGCACCAGUAUUUCUGCAAUGUGGCAAAAUGACCUGAGACCGCUGCUGAUCGAACGCUAUCCAGGGUCACCCGGAAGCUAUUCUGCCCGUCAGCACAUCAUGCAGCGAAUUCAGAGACUUCAGGCUGAGUGGGUUGUGGAAGUCGACACCUUCUUGGGUAAGACGCCCUAUGGGUACCGGACCUUCUCGAAUAUCAUCAGCACUCUUAACCCAGAAGCUAAACGACACUUGGUCCUUGCCUGCCACUAUGACUCCAAGUAUUUCCCUGGAUGGAACAGCAGAGUGUUUGUGGGAGCCACGGAUUCAGCUGUGCCGUGCGCAAUGAUGUUGGAGCUAGCUCGUGCCUUGGACAAGAAACUCCAUUCCUUGAAGGAUGUCUCUGGUUCCAAGCCAGAUCUCUCGCUCCGGCUCAUUUUCUUUGAUGGAGAAGAGGCUUUUCUUCACUGGUCUCCUCAAGAUUCUCUGUAUGGCUCUCGGCACUUAGCCCAGAAGAUGGCUUCCACCCCACACCCUCCUGGAUCAAGAGGCACUAACCAACUGCACGGCAUGGAUCUGCUGGUCUUACUAGAUUUAAUUGGAGCUGCAAAUCCAACAUUUCCCAAUUUUUUCCCCAGGACCACCAGAUGGUUUAAUCGACUCCAAGCAAUUGAACAAGAACUCUAUGAAUUGGGUUUGCUCAAGGAUCAUUCUUUGGAGAGGAAGUAUUUCCAGAAUUUUGGCUAUGGAAAUAUUAUCCAGGAUGACCAUAUUCCAUUUUUAAGAAAAGGUGUUCCAGUUCUUCAUUUGAUAGCUUCUCCUUUCCCUGAAGUCUGGCACACCAUGGAUGACAAUGAAGAAAAUCUGAAUGAGUCAACCAUUGACAACCUAAACAAAAUCAUUCAAGUCUUUGUGUUGGAAUACCUUCACUUGUAAAUAUUUGAGUUUAGUUUGUGGUAAUUGCUUCUGUAUCAAAUUCAAAAGUCAAGUUGGUGUUUAAAUAAUCUGAUUCCAGAUAAAUGUUGUAUGUAAAACUUCCAUCCUAUAGAUUCAUCCUGUAGGUGUUUUUGAAUAUGUGAUCAGUGAACCAUAGAAUUCUAUAGUGCCUUUAAUUGCUCAUUAGUUUUCAUCUAGAGACAAGAAAGGAACAUGCAAAGAAAUAAAAAAUAAAUAACUUUUGAAACUCUUUUAGAUGAAAACUUUAAAAUGACAUUAGAUUUACUUUUCAAUAUCAUAGACAUUUAUACACUACUUAAAUAUGAUGAUGGUGUACAAUAUAUAGCUGUAGUUUUAUAUGUUAUGUUAUAUAGUGUCUUAUAUACUGUGUUAUAUUAUAUAACACAGACAUGUAUUUUGACAACCCUUAAAUUUCUUCAAGAAAGAUUUGUGGAGUUUAUUUCUUGGAAAUUAAAGUUUGAAUUAAAUGUUAUAUAAUGAGUUUGUUUUCCAUGUCCAUAAGUGAGAAAGUGUGCGUUUUAGUGCAUAAUCCAAUUUUCUAGAGUUUUACACCUUAAGUUUUUUUUUUGUAAAAAUGAUAUAGUUGGUAACAAAACAAUUGAAAAAGGAUACAAAAGUAUAAUCCCAUUAUAUUAACAGAAUCACUAUGGCCUCUUUAGUGGGUCUCAGUUUUUAUUGCACAUAUUUCUUAUAUAAAUAUAAUCAAACCAUAUCUCUAAUUUUGGAGGGCUUUCCCAUUAAUGUAAUUAUAAGAUGCAUAUUUGCUGUUUGGAUCUUGGGUUGAGAUAAAAACAGAAAAGGACCCCCAAGUACAUCCUUAAGAGUUGAUGUUGAGGAAUCAUAACAGUAGCACAUAAACUGAUAAUUUUCUUGCAAUUAGAUUUUCUGGUAUUUGGGUUUGGUAGAGUAUAGCAUUUUUUUUUUUUUCUGGAGACACUUAAGCAUCCUGGAUUAUCUUUAGAGCUAGGAAACAAUUAUCUAUAAAUAACAAUCUUGAUCAAAUGAACACUUAGGGAAAUUUAUCAUUCCAUAUAAAUGAAGUUAGUUGAGGCCACUGCUUGUAGCCAGAAGUUUUCCUGUGUCCUGCCUGGUCUGCGGCCACUC